AUGGAUGACACCAUCAGCCCGUCUGUUCUGCCGGUGCGUGGCCCGGCACACCACGAGCCUGUGGAAACCCCGCCACGAGCACCAUCGCCAGUCCAUCGCUUUGGAACUCUAGCUGUUCACGCUGGUUCGCCUAUCGAACCUACAACUGGAGCUGUGAUUUCGCCGAUCUCCCUGUCCACCACCUUCGCCCAAACCGGAGUUGGAAAGCCUAUGGGAGAAUACGAGUACACCAGAAGCGCAAACCCGAAUCGUGACCAGUUUGAGAAAGCUGUUGCAGCGUUAGAGCACGCCCGGUAUGCGUUAGCCUUCUCCUCAGGGUCGGCUGCCACGGCGAACAUCCUUCAGUCACUUGCGUCGGGGUCCCAUGUCGUUUCUGUGUCCGAUGUCUAUGGUGGUACCCAUCGCUAUUUCACCAAGGUUGCCGCCGCGCAUGGAAUUGAAGUCACAUUCUCGCCUUGCAUCGAACUCCAUAUUGAGACCUUGAUUCGUCCUGAUGAGACCCGAUUGAUCUGGAUUGAAACUCCUUCCAACCCAACCCUGGGAUUAGUUGAUAUCCGCAAAGUAGCGACUAUCGCGCACCAACAUGGCAUCUUGGUGGUGGUUGACAACACCUUCUUGAGCCCAUACAUCCAGAACCCUCUUGACCAUGGAGCAGAUAUCGUUAUGCACUCCGUCACAAAGUAUAUCAAUGGUCAUUCUGAUGUGUUGAUGGGAGUAGCAGCUUUCAAUUCCGAUGAUCUUAAAAAUAGAUUAACAUUCUUGCAAAACGCCAUCGGAGCCGUUCCUUCUCCCUUUGAUUGCUGGUUAGCCCACCGUGGGUUGAAAACCCUUCAUUUGCGAGCGCGCGAGGCAACCAAGAAUGCAACUACUGUCGCCCAUGCCCUCGAAUCUUCCCCGCAUGUGAUUGCGGUCAACUACCCCGGCAUUAAGUCCCAUCCUCACCAUGCAAUUGCGUUGAAACAGCACCGUGAUGGCAUGGGUGGCGGCAUGCUCAGUUUCCGCAUCAAGGGCGGACAAGAAGCUGCCGAGAGAUUUUGCCAAGCUACUCAAAUCUUCGUUCUUGCCGAGAGCUUGGGCGGAGUGGAGAGCUUGGUGGAAGUGCCAGGGAGCAUGACGCACGCCGGUAUCCCCAAAGAGCAACGUGAAGUUGCCGGUGUUUUCGACGACUUGGUUCGCCUCAGUUGCGGUGUUGAGGACUCCGAGGACCUGAAAGCGGACGUGCUCCAGGCCCUCGAAAAAGCGAUUGUUUUGCCCAAACUAAAUAAACUCAACGGUGUUGCCAACGGGGUAGCAUCCUAA